GCUGACUCCAUGAGUCCCCCGACACUCCACCCACUCCUCAGUCUUCCCUUUCCCCUUUCUCAAAUCUCAAAUUCUCAAGUCUCAACAGCCAGCAGCGUAGCUGGUUCCACUCUCUACUCUCUACUCGCCAGCAGCGGCAUAAGUCACCAGUAGCGCAGCAAAGAUUAAUCUUCAUUUUUUUCUUUACUUUGUUUGCCUCUGAUCUGAAUCUAAUUGUCUCCAGACUCUCCACUCUCUCAGCGGGUUUUGCAAUUAAAUAAUCUUAAAGUUGCUGUUAAUCUUGCAAAAAGAGGAAAUCUUCCUGGUGCUGACAAUCUGGUAGCAGGAGAAGCAACUAAAGUCAGUGACAAUGAAGGAAGAAGAUGUGAACCGAUGCCAGAUUCAGGAAUGGUACCCAAAAUUCAAGCCUGUAUCUAUCAGAACUGUAAUCCAUGAACUUCCAGAAUCUUUUGUUGAGUACCUCGUUGAUGAUUCAGGUCCUUUCCUCCUCCCUCUUUCUAUCUCAGGCGAAGAUGCCUUGCCAAAUAGAAUUCACAACCCCAUAGAUGAAGAAGACUAUCAGGUGUCAGAGGGACCUGGAGAUGAAUCUGAACAACCUCCAUUGCCCCCUUCUUUCCCUGAACUUGAAUUGAAUAUUAAGGAGUCAAUUAAUACCCUAGGAGGUGCAGUUUUUCCUAAGCUGAACUGGAGUGCACCAAAAGAUUCUGCUUGGAUUAGCACAUCUGGGACCCUUCGCUGCACCUCAUUCAGUGAGAUAGCGUUAUUGCUGCGGUCAUCUGACUCAUUGGUCCAUGAUUUGUGCCACGCCUAUGAUUCAUGCCUUGACAAAACCUUGUCAAGACCCCCUAGCUUCUUUCUUGCACUUCGCAAGUGGUAUUCAUCUUUCUUGCCUGAGAUGGAAUUUCGUUGCUUUGUUCGGGGCCAGCAGCUAGUUGGAAUCUCACAGAGGGAGGUCACUACAUUUUAUCCCACUCUCCUUGAGAAGAAAAAUGACCUUGAACUGUUGAUCAAGGAAUUCUUCACUGAGAACGUGAGACAAAAAUUUGAAUCAGAAAAUUACACGUUCGAUGUUUAUGUGACAAAGGAUGGGCGUGCUAAGAUAUUGGAUUUUAACCCAUGGGGUGCGUUUACACUCCCACUGCUUUUUACUUGGGAAGAACUGGAGCAGAAUCUCGAGGAAGUGGAGAAUGUAGUGGACUUCAGAAUCGUGGAGAGCCAGUGUGGAAUCCGUCCAGGUCUGAAAACAGCAGUUCCGCAAGAUUAUUUGGAUACUGGCCCAGGGAGUGGUUGGGAUCAGUUCUUGAGGAAGGCUGACAAGGAGUUGCAGCAGCAGAAAAUGGCUCCUGGAAAUGGUGCCUGAGGUUUCCUUUUUAUUUUUGACAGAGGUUACUGUGUUUUUCAUUUAUCCUCCUUGAUUUCAUGUGUUCUGUAACGAGCAAUCAGUAGUGUUUGUUGGAUCUAGUACUUUACUUUUGCCCAGCAAGAGAUUUUUUC